AUGAACCCCUCCAGCUCCCGCGCCGAGAUCGCCGACCGCCUGCGGGACACCGCCCCGUCCCUCGUGCUCGCGUCGCCCGACAACGCCGCCAAGCUCCCGCCCUCCGCCGCCCCGGUCGUCCUCGUGCCGGAGACGUUCCAUCCCACGCCCUCGGCGGGCCACGAGUUCGCGCCCUUCCGCGCGCUGCUCGAUUCCGACGCCGACGACCUCCCAUCGGCGGAGGUUGGCCAGGACGACGCCGCCGCCGUCCUCUACUCCUCGGGGACCAGCGGACGGAGCAAGGGCGUCGUGCUCACGCACCGCAACCUCAUAGCCAUGGUCGAGCUCUUCGUGCGCUUCGAGGCGUCGCAGUACGCGCGACCUGCUUGUGACAAUGUCUACCUGGCCGCGCUGCCCAUGUUCCACGUCUACGGCCUCUCCCUCUUCGCCGCGGGCCUCCUCUCGCUCGGCUCCACCGUGGUGGUCAUGAGGAGGUUCGACGUCGGCGAGGCCGUCAGGGCCGUCCACAGGUAUAAGGUCACGCACUUGCCGCUCGUGCCGCCCAUCAUGGCGGCGCUGCUGAGGGCCAAGGCCACGGGCGCCUCGUCAUUGGACUCCUUGGUGCAGGUCUCCAGCGGUGCAGCUCCACUCAGCGGCAAACUUGUUCAGGACUUUAUCAAGGCUUUCCCACACGUCGAUUUCAUUCAGGGCUAUGGCAUGACAGAAUCUACUGCUGUGGGAACUCGUGGUUUCAAUACCUCGAAGCACAAGAAGUAUGCAUCUGUAGGUCUUUUAGCCCCAAACAUGCAUGCCAAAAUUGUUGAUCUGGAAACUGGCUUAUGUUUACCUCCUGGCUCUUGUGGGGAGUUAUGGCUCCAUGGGCCAGCUAUAAUGAAAGGUAACAUUUCAUGA